UAGAAACGGUGUCAGCCUAAACGGCAACGGAUCGGAGUAAGCGACGGCGGCAACUAGGGUCUUGCGGGUUGACGCCAGUGACAGCUCCGAGAGAUCAGAGGAGUAGGACCGAGCAGCGAAAGCAGCAACGACGGAGGCGAGAAAAGAGAAGCGAGCUGCGAGUCCGACGAGACCAGUAGAGUCACACCUUUCGAGAGGAUUGCUUGGAUCUCUCUUCUAUGGCGGCUCUACUCAUGAACAUGGCAGUUGAGCUACUGUAUAGGGAAGGACUUCCGAUGGUAGAUGAAAGCACGUCAUCGACGAUACGGGAUAUAUAUAAAAUUCUCCUACAGGUCAAUGACGAUGUAGAGGGUCGUCAAGUGAGGGAUUCAGACGUGAAGAAUAGGCUGGAAAGAAUUAAGGAUCUAUGCUACGACACCGUAGACAUUCUGGAAGGACUGAAAAUUCAGAAGGCUAAAAAGGUUCACUUUCUAAACCACCCUGCUUCUUUACUAAAUCCUCUUCGACAACGUGGCCCCCGUAAAUUGGAGGAAGUCCUCAAUAAAUUGAUGACCCUAUGCUAUAGUGACAAGCUGGGACUCAAAGCCAGCUUGAAUCAACUAACACUCGAUAGGAGGAUGUCAUUAGAGUCUCAACGCGGCGAGGUAAACCGAACUCGAAUUGCUAACCUGAAUUUACAUGGUCGAGAACGUGAAAGCUCAACUUUAGUUGAUAAAUUGUUGAACACGGACGGUCAAAGACAGGGUGAUAUCAAGUGCAUAUCUGUUGUUGGAGAGGCUGGAAUAGGAAAGACUGCAUUGGCCCGUCUCGUCUAUAACCAUGAACAAGUGAUCCCUCAUUUCGAUUUAAGGGCAUGGAUUUAUGUCUCCAAAGAAUUCAGCCUGUCUAAGAUCGCUCUGUCCUUGCUGGAAAAUUGGACAGAUGAUAUCAUACGCAAUCAGGUUGGAUUGGAGAGCUUGUUUCAGAGAAGUGCUGAGAUGAUUUCGGAGAAAAAAUGCCUUAUUGUUCUGGACGAUGUUUGGAGUGAAAACAGUUACGAUUGGGAACAACUAAAGAUCCUUCUCAGUCAUGGGGCUUCUGGGAGUACUUAUUUGAUAACCACUUCCAAGAUGGCAGUUGCACGAGCAGCAGGAUCCAGAGAGACAGAGUUCCUUCCUCUGAGCUAUCUUUCAGAUCGACAUUGUUGGUCCAUUGCCAAGGAGACAGCAUCCAUACCGGCAGACUUAGGAGAAGAGGAGUUUUUCAGUGAAUUUGGUGCAGUUUUUGCACAGAAGUGUCUCGGGUUGCCUCUUAAUGCAAAGUCUCUUGGUGAUAGGUUGAGGUCAAGUUCAGGGACUGUACAAGGAUGGAGAGAAGUGAUAGAAAGGUAUGUCCCGAAAGCAAUAGACUCCGAUGAAGAAGAAGAAGAAGAAGAAUGGGGACUUCAUAGUGGUUCGAUUCGAACUGAGUGGGAGAAGAGAGCAAAACAACCUACAACUUCGUUGGUUCUUAAAGCAGCAAUACAUGGCCGUGAUGAUGAGCUAAGUGAUUUGAUUGCAAAGUUAUGCCGCAAUGAUGACCAAGUCCAAGGUAUUCAAACAAUUUCUAUUGUAGGAGGAAUUGCUGGAAUAGGAAAGACUGCUCUGGCCCAACUUGUGUACAACAGUGAUGUAGUGUGCAAGAAUUUUGAGUUGAAGAGCUGGGUGUAUGUCUCACAGCCAUUCAAUCUGAAAAACAUUGCAAGGGCCAUGUUGGAGUGUUUUACAUCUGAUCCGAUACAUGGGCUUGAAUUGGAUAGCUUGUUUUUGAAAAUCCGUCAUCUCAUUGAGGGAAAGAGAUACCUGUUUGUGUUGGACCACGUUUGGAGCCAGGAUUAUCACAAGUGGGAACAACUAAAGAACUGCUUAGAUUGCGGGGCUCGUGGAAGUACCCUCUUAAUAACAACACGCAAGAUGGAUGUUGCACGAGUAGCUGGAUCCAAAGAGAUGGACAUCAUUCACCUGAAGAAUCUUGAAGAGCAGCACUGUUUGUCCAUUAUCAGGGACGAGUUAUCCACUUUCUCUGAUCCAGAGAAAGUCUUCCAGAAAUACUGCAAUUACAUUACAUUGAAGUCUCAGGGGGUGCCUCAUAUUGCAAAGUAUCUUUGUUUUAUCUUGCGUCGUGCACCUCCUUUCUCAAAACAGUGGCAAUUAUUAGAAAGGGAUCUCUCAGCAGCUCCAAGAGGAACUCAAAACCCAAUCAUGGAAGAUGAACUUGAUAGCGAUUUGAGUUAUGAAGAGGAGAGCGAGGAGGAAAAAGCAAGGCAACCGACGACUUCAUUUGUUCAUGUAGCAAGAAUACAUGGACGAGAUGAUGUUACCGGAGCUUUAAUUGGGAAGCUGCUUAGCAAUGAUGGUCAAGCCGAGCGCAUUCAAUUUAUUUCUAUUGUGGGAGGUGCUGGAAUAGGAAAGACGGCAGUGACACAACUUGUUUACAACACUCCUGAAGUGAUGAAGUAUUUUGAUUGCAGGGCAUGGGUAUUUGUUGGCGAGGAAUUCAAUCUUAACCGGAUCAUAAGGUCCAUUAUAGAAAGUGUGACUGCUAAAUCAUUGAAUGAGACUGACCUCGAAGCACUGUUGUUUAAAUUUCGUCAAACUUUUGAUCAUAAGAGAUGCCUUUUCGUUCUGGAUGACGUCUGGCUUGAAGAUGAUCUCCAAUGGGAAGAACUAAAGCAGUGGUUCCAUUUCACCGAUCUGGGAAGUCGCACUUUGAUUACCACAAGAAACAAGGGGAUUUCAGAAAGAAUAUGUUCAGAAACAAACAUCGUGCUUCUCGAUCCUCUUUCUGACUCGGCUUGUUGGUCAAUUAUCAAAGACUAUGCAUUUGGUCAUUCAGUUAACGAGACAAAAGCAGAAGAAAUGUUCAAUGAAGUGGGAAAAGACAUUGUACAGAAGUGUAAAGGCGUGCCGCUGAUGGCGAAAUCUCUUGGUAAUAUCUUGCGUGGCAAGAAUUCCAUACAAGAGUGGCAACAAGUAUUGGCAAGUGAGACGUGGGAUUCAGCAGAAUUGAUGUCUUCAGUUAUGAUGAGCUAUCUUUCGAUGCCACCCGAAUUGAGACAAGUCUUAUUGUAUUGUUCAGUCUUUCCUAAGAAUCAUUCCAUAGAUGUGGGCAAGUUAAUCAAACUGUGGAUGGCACAAGGUUUUAUUGCCUCAGUUGAAAACGAAAUGGAAAGAGAGGGGUGGAAGUACAUUAAACAAUUGUUAGACCGCAACAUCUUUGAAGAAUUUAAUCAGGAUAGUCAUGGUUGCUUCAAGUGCAAAUUGGAGAGUGGAAUGAGCGACUUAAUCCAUUUUCUUGCAAAAAAUGAAUCCCACAGAGUGCUUAUUGACUAUAUGAAGGAGGCUAGAGUGGCUGAUGAUCCCACAAUACUUCGUCAUUGCACCCUAAUCAUUGCAGCUCAAUCUUCUCUGCCGGAGUCCAUUGCCAAUGCAAAGAAACUACGCACUUUGAUGAUUUUGUCUGAGUAUUUCUUUUCAGAUCCAACGACCCUUGCUAGAGUACUGAGUCAUUUGAAGGUGGUCAGGGCAUUGGACUUGAGCUCUUGUUUGAUCAAAGAGCUUCCAUCAAACAUUGGGGAAUUGUUACUUCUAAGGUAUCUUGACUUAUCUUUUAAUCGUGAUUUGAAGAAGUUGCCUAAAGCUAUUUGUGGCUUGCUUCAUUUGCAAACUUUGAAUCUAAAUGGAUGUGAUAGACUUCAAAAACUACCAAAAGGCAUAGGAAAUCUAAUCAAGUUGCGGCAUCUUGAGAUUCUUUGGACGACAAGUCUUAGCUACUUACCAAAAGGGGUUGCAAAUUUAACUUUGCUCAGAACAUUGAGUCGUUUCAUUGGGAGUAGUGUUGCUGGUAGCAAAGCAUGCAAUCUUGGAGAUUUGAAAGAGCUAAAUCUCAUUCAAGGGUCCAUCACCAUAGAUGGUUUGGGAGGUGAAACUUGUGUUGAUGAAGCUUCAAAAGCAUGUUUGAAAAAUAAGAAAGACCUGCUUGGCUUGGAACUGUGCUUCUCUUCUGUAGGUUCAGAGAUUAACCAUGACGAAGGUGUACUUAAUGCAUUGGAAGCGCCUCCUGAAUUGCAAUGCCUUGAGAUAUUCUUUUAUCGAGGACAGUUGUUGCCUGAUUGGAUGAAAACAUUGAGGAAUUUAAGGCACCUAGUGCUUGCUCAUUGGAGUAAAUGCAGUAUCUUACCCUCUCUUGGGCACCUGCUUUCUCUUGAAUCACUUGAGAUCAGGUAUAUGCCUAAUGUGAAGAUUGUAGGCUCUGAUUUUCUAGGAUUGUCACCGGACAAUGCUGUCAGCUGCGACCAAGUUUCCUCAUCAAUAGUUGCAUUUCCCAGAUUGCAAAAGCUUUGCUUUGAAAUCAUGAAUGGCUGGGAAGACUGGUCUGGCAAUGGCAGCCAUGCCAAUAUCAUGCCAUUGCUUUCUGCUUUGUCAAUUGAAAACUGCCCAAAGUUAAGGACACUUCCACAGUAUAUACUGGAGAAGAAAGAUUUGAAACGUGAUAUAAAAAAUUGUCCUGUUCUGGAAGCAUACAACAAUAAUAGCACCAGCAACAACAACGACCAUAGUGUCUUAUCCAAUUAGGUGGAAGUAGAUUUUCAGGUAAAUUUCGUUUGCAUUUUCCAUACCAUCAUAUAGUAAACACUAGCAGAGUUGUUCCUAGUCUAAUUAUUAUUUUGUUCUUAGUAAUCUCUGCACUCUGAAUGGCAUGCAAAAUUUAGUUCAUAUUUUCAGUUGUGCCAGUUUUAACGUUUCAAUGGUGUCGUCUGCAUAGUAAUCGAACAUAUGUACUAAAUAUUUUUUAGUAUAAUAAGCUCUGGAAGAUAAAUUUAGCUCAGAAUCAAUGAUUCUCUGGU